GUUUGACUCAAAAAGGGUGGCUCAACAACUACGAGCAUGUGGUGUUUUGGAAACUAUUCGAAUUAGUGCACAGAGCUAUCCAUCCAGGUGGACUUACAUUGAGUUUUUCAGCCGAUACAGCAUUUUAAUGACACAGCAAGAACUCUCCAUAAAUGAUAAGAAGCAGAUUUGCAAGACUGUUUUGCAGCGGCUAAUCCAGGAUCCUAACCAAUACCAAUUUGGGAGAACAAAAAUCUUCUUCAGAGCAGGACAGGUUGCUUACUUGGAAAAACUGCGAUCAGAUAAACUGAGACAUGCCUGCAUCACGAUCCAAAAGAGUGUUAGAGGCUGGCUGCAACGGAAAAAAUUCCUUCUCAUAAAACAAGCAGCUAUUACAAUACAGCAGUACUUCCGUGGGCAGCGGACUGUACGGCAAACGAUAAGUGCAAGAACUCUGAAGCAAACCUGGGCAGCUAUAGUUAUUCAGAAGCACUGUCGGGGUUACCUGGUUCGAAAACUUUGCCAGCUCAUCCAUGUGGCUGCUGUAACAAUCCAAGCUUAUACAAGAGGAUUUCUAGCAAGGAAAAAAUAUCGGAAGAUGCUUGAAGAACACAAGGCUGUAAUCCUUCAGAAAUAUGCCCGUGCAUGGCUUGCAAGGCGCAGAUUUCAGAAUAUUCGUCGGUUUGUAUUGAAUAUUCAGCUUUCAUACAGAGUUCAGCGACUGCAGAAAAAGAUAGAGGAACAGAGUAAAGAAAAUCAUGGCUUGCUGGAAAGGUUAACCAAUCUGUCUUCAACUCGUAUGAAUGACUUGGAUACAAUUCAGAAACUUGAAUUAGAUCUUGAAAAGUUAACUGCGCAGAAGAGAACAUAUGAGGAGAAAGGAAAGAAAUAUAAGGAGGACAGUGAACAGAAAAUCUUAAAACUUGAAAUUCAGAAUAAAGAAUUGCGAGAACAGCAAGAGACCUUAGAAAGAAAGCUCCAAGAAAAAGCUGAGGAAAUGAAAGACAAAAUGGAUGACCUCAUGAAGCAGUUCUUUGAGGAUGUGCAAAGGAAAGAAAGACAGAGAAUGAUACUUGAGAAAAAUUUCCAAAAUCAGAAACAGGACUAUGAAAAAGAAAUUGAAAUGCUCAAAGGAGAAAUUAAGAUUCUUAAGGAAGAAAAAAAUCAGCUACAGUGUCAAAUUCAGCAAGAAAUUAUCAUUCAGGAUGGCUUGAAAAUGGAAAUAGGACAACUUACAAAACAGGCACAGACAAUUCCUGAAUUGCAAAAGGAAAUUGAACUACUACAGACACAAAAAAUGGAUGUUGAAAAGCAGGCACAGUCUCAGAAGCGAGAAAUGAGAGAGAAGAUGUCAGAAGUUACGAAACAGCUUCUUGAAAGUUAUGAUUUUGAAGAUGUAAGAAGCAGACUCUCUACGGAGGAUUUGGAACACUUAAAUGAAGAUGGAGAAUUGUGGUUUGCUUAUGAGGGCUUGAAAAAAGCAACAAGAGUGUUGGAAAGCCACUUCCAGUCUCAGAAAGAAAUCUAUGAAAAGGAAAUUGAAGGUCUGAAUUUUAAAGUUGAACAUCUUAGCCAAGAUAUUAGUCAUCUACAAAAAUUAUUUCGAGAGGAAAAUGACAUAAAUGAUGGUAUUCGACUUGAAGUUAGCAGACUAACUUCAGAAAACCUGGUGAUCCCAGAUCUUAAACAACAAGUUUCUGAGUUGGAAAAUCAAAAAUUAGAUCUUGAAAAUCGUCUUCAAGAACAGACUGUAAAGUUGAAAGAGAUAUCUAAUCGGCUGCAUUAUGAGCUAGAAAAGGACAGAACACAAAGGCGAGCAAAUGAAGGCCUGAAUGAAAUAGACCUAAAAGAAAAAGAAAGACUGAAAGUAACAACUGAAGAAAUUGAGAGGCUGAGCAAUGGUUUGAAGCAAGAUGAAGCCCAAGAUGAAGUAAAAAGUAUGAUAAAACAAGAAACAAAUCGACUUACUGUGGAAAAUAUGGAUCUUGAAGAAAAACUAGACAUGAAGGACAGAAUAAUAAAAAAGUUGGAGGAUCAGAUCAAAACUCUUACCAAGACUAUUGAAAAAGCCAGUGAAGUUCAUGUGCCAACUUCAUCUAAAGAGUACGUUGGAAUGAUGGAAUACAAAAAGGAAGAUGAAGAAAGGAUUGUUCAAAACCUGAUCCUUGAUUUAAAGCCACGUGGUGUUGUAGUUAAUAUGAUUCCUGGCCUUCCAGCUCACAUCCUAUUCAUGUGUGUGAGAUAUGCAGAUUACCUGAAUGAUGCUGACAUGCUGAAAUCAUUCAUGAAUGUAACCAUUAAUGGUAUCAAGCAAGUUAUUAAGGAACAUUCAGAAGACUUUGAGAUGUUGUCCUUUUGGCUUUCCAACACAUAUUAUUUUCUUAACUGUUUGAAGCAGUACAGUGGAGAAGAGGAAUUUAUGAAGUAUAAUACCCCACGUCAGAAUAAAAACUGUUUAAAGCAUUUUGAUCUCUCAGAAUACAGACAGAUUCUUAGCGACUUGGCCAUUCGUAUCUAUCACCAAUUUGUUAUUGUAAUGGAGAACAACAUUCAGCCAAUGAUUGUUCCAGGCAUGCUGGAAUAUGAAAGUCUCCAAGGAAUUUCUGGCUUGAAACCUACAGGGUUCCGUAAACGUUCUUCAAGUAUAGACGACACAGAUACCUACACAAUGACCUCUAUUCUGCAACAACUCAGCUAUUUUUAUAGUACGAUGUGCCAGAAUGGCUUGGACUCUGAGCUUCUAAAGCAGGCAGUGAAGCAGCUUUUCUUUCUGAUUGGAGCUGUCACCCUCAAUAGUCUGUUCCUCCGCAAGGACAUGUGCUCUUGUAGAAAAGGAAUGCAGAUAAGGUGCAAUAUCAGCUAUUUGGAAGAAUGGCUUAAAGACAAGAAUCUCCAAAGCAGCAAUGCCAAAGAAACUUUGGAGCCUCUGUCUCAGGCAGCCUGGCUACUUCAGGUCAAAAAGAUCACUGAUGAUGAUGCCAAAGAAAUAUAUGAACACUGCACAUCUCUUUCCACUGUGCAGAUAGUUAAGAUCCUCAAUUCAUACACACCAAUAGAUGAUUUUGAGAAAAGAGUGACUCCAUCGUUUGUUCGUAAAGUCCAGGCCAUGCUAAAUAACCGUGAGGAUGUUCCACAGCUGAUGCUCGAUACCAAGUAUGUCUUUCAAGUGACAUUUCCUUUCACCUCCUCGCCGCAUGCCUUGGAAAUGAUACAAGUCCCCAGCAGUUUCAAACUUGGCUUUCUCACAAGAGUGUAAUAAAAAGGAUACAUCAGUAUUUCCUCACAGGCUAAAGACAGACUUUCAUGUUUCAUUUCUUCAGCUGGUGGUU